AUGGAGGAUGAGGAGCGUAGCGGAAGAGUCGCGAGAGGCGGGAAAUGUUUUCUUUCUUUCUUUCUUUCUUUCUUUUUUCUUUCUUUCUUUCUUUCUUUCUUUCUCGACCUCAGCGUUUUCAUUCAUUCAAAUUUUCUUUUUCAAACACAUUACAUAUGUAAGCCUGGUUUUGUUGGCAUAUCUAUCUAUCUAUCUAUCUAUCUAUCUAUCUAUCUAUCUAUCUAUCUAUCUAUCUCAGUCUGUUCGUAUCUAUCUAUCUAUCUAUCUAUCUCUCUAUCUAUCUAUCUCAGUCUGUUCGUAUCUAUCUAUCUAUCUAUUUAUCUAUCUAUCUAUCUAUCUAUCUAUCUAUCUAUCUAUCUAUCUAUCUAUGUCUCAAAUUUGAUCAGCUUCAUUUAUUGUUUUUUUUCUUCAAUGUUUGUAUUUUCAUUUCUGACCUAUUUUCAUCACAUUCUCUUGUUUAUUUCCCCAUCUAUCUAUCUAUCUAUCUAUCUAUCUAUCUAUCUAUCUAUCUAUCUAUCUAUCUAUCUAUGUCUUCUACAUUCGUACUUAGGAGUAUCUAUCUAUAUGACUUUGUUCCUGUCUACUUUUCUCUGUUUGUCCGUCUGUUUACAUUCUGACGAGUUAAAUUUAAAUGUUAUUUUUUUUCUAUCUAUCUAUCUAUCUAUCUAUCUAUCUAUCUAUCUAUCUAUCUAUCUACAUUGUUACAGCAAGCCAACCAUCUAA